CGCUCCGCCCCCGGCCGGCCCGGUAUUCUGUAAGCGGCCACCUCCCCCGGCCCGAUCGCGAUAGUUCUAUGGCGGCUGCUGGGUCUGUGAAGGCGGCGUUGCAGGUCGCAGAGGUGCUGGAAACCAUCGUGAGUGGCUGUGUGGGGCCCGAGGGUCGGCAAGUUCUGUGUACGAAGCCCACCGGCGAGGUGCUGCUCAGCCGGGAUGGAGGUCGCCUCCUGGAGGCGCUGCACUUAGAGCAUCCCAUAGCCAGGGUGAUGGUGGCAUGUGUUUCCAGUCAUCUAAGAAAAACAGGCGAUGGCGCUAAGACAUUUAUUAUCUUCCUUUGCCAUUUGCUCAGAGAACUUCAUGCAGUCACAGACAAAGAAAAAGAUUCUUUGACUUCCAAAAAUAUUCAAACCCAUGGAAGGCACUGGAAAAAUUGUUGUCAGUGGAAAUAUAUUUCCCAAGCUCUUGUAAUGUUUCAGACACAAAUAUUAGACUAUGUUAUGGACCAAUUAUUAAGUAGACAUUUUUUGUCCAUCUUUUCUUCAUCCACUGAAGAGAGAACACUGUGUAGGAGCUCUUUAGAGUUGCUCUUAGAAGCAUACUUUUGUGGAAGAGUGGGAAGAAAUAAUCACAGCUUUAUCUCCCAAUUGAUGUGUGACUACUUUUUCAAGUGUAUGGCUUGUGAAAGUGGGGUUGAAGAAGGAUUUGAGUUAGUGGAUGACUGUUUUGCAGAGUUGAACAUUGGUGUCACUGGCCUUCCAGUUGCAGAUUCUAGGAUCAUAGCCGGGCUUGUGCUUCACAGAGACUUUUCUGUGUACUGUCCAGCAGAUGGGGACAUAAGAAUAGUGCUAGUAACAGAAACCAUUCGGCCUGUCUUUUCAACUUCGGGAUCAGAGUUUAUUCUAAAUUCAGAGGCACAGUUUCAGUCAUCUCAAUUUUGGAUUAUGGAAAGGACAAAAGCAAUAAUGACAUACUUACAGAAUCAGAAUGUAAAAUUGCUCCUAUCUAGUGUGAAACAACCAGACUUGGUUAUUUAUUAUGCAGAAUUGAAUGGCAUAUCUGUGGUGGAAUGUUUAUCAUCGGAAGAAAUUUCUCUUAUUCAGAGGAUCACUGGUCUUUCUCCCUUUGUACUGCCAGAAGCCUCUUCUCAUCACGAAAUCUCGAACACUGCUUCGGUGAAAUUCUGUAAGCCCUUUAUACUUAGAUCCAAAAGGUAUGCUCAUCUUGGCUUGAUUAGCACAUGUUCAUUUAUACCACACUGUAUAGUUCUUUGUGGACCACUGCAGGGUCUUGUUCAACAACAUGAGGAUGCUUUACAUGGCGCAUUUAAAAUGCUUCGGCAGUUAUUUAAAAACCUGGAUCUAAAUUACAUGAUACAAAUCAGUGACCAAAAUUAUACAUCAAGUCCUCUUAUUUAUAAAAACAGAGAAAGUCAUCAGUUAUCAGAAAUUGUAAAUUGCUCAAUACAAAGGCCAUAUCAAGGCACAGGUGUAAAGAACAAAGAUGAACUGGAAAAAACUCGAACACAUUUCGAAGUAUAUUCAAAUUUCGUAGUUCCAGGUGUAGAAUUAGAAACAUGUAUUUCAUGUUCAACACCAAAAGUGACACCCUCAGAUACGUACAAGACAGAUGAAACACUGAAAUGUUUAUCUGCAAACGAAACUAGAAUAAUUGAUGAUCAUGAUUCAUUUACUGAGAGUGAUACUACUCCUGAUUCAACAACAGAAAAUACUAGAAUAGAAAUUUCUUAUGAAAAUUUAUCGAUAACAAAAAUUGCUGAAAAGAGUACUAUGUUACCAGUGAGAUGUAAGUCACUAGAGAUGGGUAUUUCCCAGAGUUACUGUUUCUCAUCUCUGCCAGCAGGUUGCGUUUUGCCAGUGGGUGGUAAUUUUGAGAUCUUGUUACAUUACUAUCUCCUCAACUAUGCCAGAAAAAGCCAGCAAUCAGAAGUGACCCUAGUUAGUAUGAUAAUAGCUAAUGCACUUUUAGGCAUUCCCAAAAUCCUUUAUAAGUCUAAGAAAGGAAAUCAUAGCUUUCCACAAGUGUAUAUUAGAGCUCUCCAUGCACUGCAAACCAAUCAACCCAUGGUGAGCAGUCAGGCAGGUUUGGAAUCAGUGUCUUGUAAAUACCAGUUACUAACUUCAGUUCUUCAGUGUUUGACAAAAAUUGUAACCAUUGAUUUGGUAAUCAGUAUUAAGAGACAGCCUCAGGAAAUUCAUGAUCAGGAUUCAGAAGAGGAACUAUGAAAUGGGAAGUUCUUUAUAAAACAGAGUUAUAAUCCAACUCAAGCCAUAAAGUAAAGCAGGUAUACAACCACUGGUUGUCAAGUCAAUUCAGUCAAGGUCGGAAACAGCAUGAUUUAGUCUUUAGAAGUACACUCAGAGGCCAGCAGACGUGCAGACACACAUAUUAGACUGUUACGGAACAAAUCUGAGGAGAAAUCUUCCUGGAUGAGAGAAGCCAAGGUCUGACCAAGUGUGUUCUUCCCCCUUAAUGGCUGUGUUUCAGCUCUGCGUUAGUCUAUGUGUGUGGAGGGGGGAGUCUCUUUAAAGCGCCUUCUUACUCUUCUGUAUCUUCUGUUCAUGCUCUUCAUCUCUAUUCCCUCUCCUUCCUGUAUUUAGUAAAUAGAAUCAUUUAAUCUCAGAUUCGGAUGAGGUCUUCAAAUGCCAACCUAUUUUAGUUGUUUAUAAUAUGAAGUAUAUUAUUUGCUUCAUUUAAAGUUACUUUUCCUACCUGUAAUUUCUAAAGCAGUGAGUACAAAAAUCUCUUAUUUCCUUUCUCAACAAAUUAAAUUGGUUUUUGCUUUUAUAUGGUCCUUGCUUAUUUCCAUUUCAUGUGGAAAGCCUGAAGAGACUCUCCCCAUCCAUAUGCCAUUGAAUAUAUGCUACCAAAAAUAUGACUUUGUGCUGUGUGACCUUUUCACUUCUGUAGUUAAAAUACCAGAAAGGAUAUGAAUUCAUACUGUAAUUUUCUCUUGGCCCCUAAGAGCUUGUAAAAAUAAUUAAUGUAUUUGCUGUUUUAUUUCUUGUGUUUGGUGCAUAACUAGGAUUCAGUAGUAACAAAUAGUUUGAGAAUUAUUUGUUUCUCAUGUGAAGUUUAAGUGUUUUUAGUUUGAAGGUUUAUCAAUGCAAGUGAAACUAUACAUCAACGCAUGGAUAAGACAGUGUCUUCUACUUUUUGUAGUUCUCUCUAACACCCAAGAAAGUGCUAUGCUUUAUUCCAAGUAUUCAGAAGUGCUUAUUGAAUAAAACUGUUAUCUUUAAUCUGUUCUCCUGAGUACACAUUUCCA